CUGCAGCUUUUUGAUAACGGUACCAAGGCCCACCAGCCUCUCUGCAUAUGUACUUGUACACGGCCUCUGCUAGCUCGAUGAUUGGGAGCGCCAAGCCGCUCGCAUGGGCGCCGCUGCAGGCCCGCCCGCCGUCGACCGCCGGUCGCCGCCUCGCCCCCUCGUUCUGCGCCCCUGACACCGCCCCAGCUCUCCAGUCUCAGUCCGACGACGGCGCGCCGCCACCACGCCCGGAUGAGACCGCCACGUCCCCCGCGCUGCUCAGGAGCUCGCAGCUCAGCCGCUGGUCCAGGUCACGGGGGCUGCGGUCGGGCCGCCGUGUGGGGCUGGACCGCGCGGCGCUCUCCUCGGCCUCGGCGCCGCCGGUGACCAAGCCGUCGCGGCCCGAGGACGCUGCGGUGGCGGUGGAGGAUGGCGAGGACGACGACGACGACGUGUGCGAGGCCGAGAGGGACGAUGCGGCCGGGAAGGCCAUCUACAUAGUGUCCGACGGGACCGGGUGGACCGCGGAGCACUCGGUGAACGCCGCGCUCGGACAGUUCGAGAACUGCAUCGCCGACCGUGGCUGCGCUGUCAACACUCACCUCAUCCCCUUGAUCGACAGCAUGGAUCAACUUCUUGACGUAAUAAAGCAAGCAGCAAAGGAAGGGGCACUGGUUCUAUAUACCCUUGCUGAUCCUUCAAUGGCAGAGGCAGCUAAGAAGGCCUGUGAUUUCUGGGGUGUUCCAUCCACUGAUGUUCUUCGGCCUACAGUUGAAGCCAUUGCUUCUCAUAUUGGUGUUGCUCCAUCUGGAAUUCCACGAAGCUCUCCUAGUCGAAAGGGUCAGCUAACAGAGGAUUACUUUCAACGGAUUGAUGCUAUUGAUUUUACCAUCAAACAGGAUGAUGGGGCUCAGCCACAAAACCUCAAACGUGCAGACAUUGUACUUGCCGGUGUUUCACGUACAGGGAAGACACCAUUGUCAAUGUAUCUAGCUCAAAAGGGAUACAAGGUAGCGAAUGUGCCAAUUGUGAUGGGAGUGAAACUUCCAAAGUCCCUUUUUGAGAUUAACCAGGACAAGAUUUUUGGAUUGACAAUAAACCCAGUGGUUCUUCAAGCAAUUAGAAAGACUAGGGCCAAAGCUCUAGGUUUUGCUGACGGGUAUCAGAGCAAUUAUGCUGAAAUGGAACACGUGAGGCAGGACCUGGCCCAUGCAAAUCAAAUUUUUGCUGAAAAUCCAAGGUGGCCAGUCAUUGCGGUCACUGGAAAAGCUAUAGAGGAAACAGCUGCUAUCAUUGUGAGGAUUCUCCAGGACAGGAAAGAGAAGUGCUCCAUGCCACGCAUAUCAAAACGGUACUAGCAUUUUGUUCUAUCCCUUCUACUACACCUUGUAACGUGUGCAUGUUUUGAUAAGCUCCUGUAAAGCACCAUGUAUUUUUGUUGGACCACCUUCUGGGUGGCGUUUGUAUCUUAAAGAUAACUUGACGUUUAGCGCAGUAGAAACGAAUGUAUAUUGCAUUUACGACCUUCUGUCGGCCUCA